AUGGUAGUGAUGUCUCGUUUGUAUCGUCGUUCAUUUAGUCGUUGCAUCGGUUACGCCGUGGGAGGCACCACUGUUGCGACAGCCUUAGUGCUGGCACCGCCGCUGGACGCUGUUCCCGAACCACUUUUGCCUGCACGCGUGUUGUGCGAAGGCGUUGGGCGUGUGUGCCGUUGUGUCUAUGUUGCUGGGCAAAUCUUCAUAGAUUAUCAGUGGAACCUGCACGGCGAAGAUUCACAAGAGUUGUGGAAUGCGGCCCACCUCCGCAACGCCUCUCGUCUAGUGACGCUCGCCAAAACGAACGGUGGACUGUACGUCAAGGCCGGCCAAGUAUUUGCGAACAUGAGUCAUAUCUUGCCGCGUCAAUACUGCACCACCAUGGCAGUGCUGCAGGAUGCGGUCACCUCACGUCCCUUCUCAGAGGUGGUGACAACGCUUGAGUAUGAGCUACGGCGUCCUGUCGAGGAGGUCUUUUCGGAGAUUGACCCAACUCCCAUUGCUGCUGCGUCCCUCGCGCAAGUUCACCGUGGGAGACUUAGGAAGGAGCAGGUGGAGGUGGCAGUUAAGGUGCAGUACUUGGACAUUGCUCACCGCUUCCGUGGGGAUAUGCGGACGAUUCAGCUGAUGCUGGGCAUUGCGGGUUUUUUCUUUCGCGGUUACGACCUCUCGGAGAUUCUGUCCAGGCUAAACAGCACCGUAGCGAACGAACUGGACUUUACGCUAGAGGCCGAUAACUGCAAACGGGCGGGGCGGGAGUUGAGAGCGGGGGGAUUCGGCAGUCGUGUCGUCACGGUGGACGUCUUGCCUGACUACACAAAGAGGCGCGUGCUUACCACACGACUGGUGCCAAACGCCGUAAAGGUCUCAGAUCUUCGUGGCAUUGAGGCACUUGGCAUUAAGCCGCGAACUGUCGCUGCCUGGUUUUACGAUGCGCUCGCGUACCAGCUCUUCAUCACGGGAUUUGUACACGGCGACCCACACGCGGGGAAUGUGCUUGUGCAUCGCCUUCCCAAUGGACAACCACAGGUGGUAUUGCUAGACUUUGGUCUCUGUACGGAGUUGUCGGAUGACUUGCGUGCAGAAUUGGCGUACAUCUGGACCGCCGCCGUCACACAUGACAUUCCUUCCCUACAGAAAGUUGCACAACGGUUUGGGUGUAAGGAUUACGCACUCUUUGCAUCGUGUUUCUUGCAGCAUCCGUAUGAGUUAUUUAACGCAGAGUCACGUGUGACAACAAAGGCAACGCAGGAGAUGAUGCGAGAUCAGGUACGGCACAAAAUGCACGAGGUGAAUGACAUCGUAUCACAUCUCCCUAAGGAGUACGCAUUAGUGUUACGAAACAUCAUGGCUGCCAAGGCGAUUAACAGGGAGCUUCGUGAGCCUGUUAACCGUCCACUGCGUAUGCUACGAUAUUCGGUUGUUGCCACACAUGGGGCAAGGUCCCGAUGGCAGGUGUGUCGUAUGCUUUUGCGAGCCUGGUGUUCGGAGAUGUUCUCAUCACUGCUGCUUAUGUACGCCAAAUGGCGUCAUCCCGAGUUGAUGCAGAUGCUGGAUGAAUCUCUGGAAUUGGAGCUCAGUGGUUAG